AUGGUCAUAGACAUUAUUCAGCUCGAAGAUGGAUUGGUGAAGUAUCGUAACACAUUCCCAGGCGGCCCAGCGGCAUUCUUCGCAGACUAUACCCAGGAGACGUAUGUGGCCAAGACUGCGGUGAUUCUCGUGCAAACUCUGCUUGCCGACAGGAUAGUGUUGCAGGUUUGGUUGCCAUCAUACUCAAAAUGCUGGACAAUGGGUCACGGCGUUCAUUAUCUUUACUUUUACAACCAAUUUGUUCAGCUCAGGAUUACUGGUGUACCGGAUUUGGACGAUCGAACGGAAUAUCUCUACAGUUCACACCAGGAGAGGUAUAAGGCCUAUCGUGAGGGUGCUCGUGGAUGCUGCUGUUUUAUACUCUGCGACCACCUUUUCCGCGAUAAUAUGUUUUGCCCUUUAACAAUGGCGCAUAUGCCAUGGGAAACUUCUUGGUGUUAUCAACUUUGCGGUCGGAAAUUGGCUCAGAGCUCUGAAUCAGCAAGUGUGCUGCUUCGGAGUACUAUUCGUCAUGAUGUUGUGGACUGGCUUGUGACUGUACAGAAGGCUCCCACCGACGCACCCCCACACGACUAG